AUGACUGAUGACUGGGAUGCAAGCGCGAUUGCGGCUGUAGCGGCCUUGAUCAUCGCACUGUUCGCGCUCCUAGUCGCUGUUGCUCAGGCACUGCAGCAGUACUUCAUCACUGGUCAACUGAUUCGUCUUUGUGAUAGUGUCGUGUUUGGUCCUUUGCCUGGCCAGGGCUACCGCAUUUGGCAAUUCUCUCAGUUUCGCUUCCAAGUACUGUACUCUAUUCCUCAGAUCAAUCUCGAGGCUGAUCUGUGGCCAAAAGAAAGCCCACAUAUCAAGUCCUAUGCCAUUGGGGAGGAAUAUCUACCUGAUCUCGAUCUAGAUUCAUUAGUUGACUACUCAUCGUCAAGCUCCUCAAUCGGAAUUGUGCCCAUCCAAAGAGGACAUAUCAAUACGAUGGAUAUGGAAGUCCGAGGUCCACAGACGAGCAGUGAAUCUUGGAGUUCCUCAACUCGUUCCCAUUACACUUAUUGGAAUUUCUUGGGCGUCUGGCUGCGCCGCAAGUUCGGGAAAAUCCGCUCAAUCAUACCGCUGACAAAAAAGAACAACCAGCCACUGGCUCUAAUGACACAUCUGUCAUGCGGAGGUUCAGUGAGAUACCGCUUUGUCACUUAUGACGCGGACCGAUGUCCCUCUGAUCUCGUAACGGCACCGAUGCAAGUUUCUAUGAGGGAUAUUGCCGUGAUGGGGUUGACAGCGGGCAUGAAGAUCACAGACUGUUCAUUCAGGGAAAAGUCUAUCUCGAUGCAAGGCGCCAUUGGCACGAUUACUACCUCCAACCAUCCAAUUCUUGGCCCGAUACUUCAUUUCACCCCUAGAGCUAUCUCCUCACCUUUGCCUCGCUCUCUGGAUCAAUGGAGUGACGAUGAUAGAGGGGUUGUAAAUAAAAGCUGGCUGGCUCAGACAUGGGAUGUCUGUACCAUUGCCAAGGUGCCUUUUAACUCGCUAAAGAGACGUACCACUAGACGUCUUGACGACCGAUGGACUAGUUAUCAAGCGCCCGACCAGUCUUCCAGGAAUCAGAGACACAAAAGAUCGUUCAAUACUGGUGGGAUUGUUCCAGUCGAUGUAGACCGACGUCAAGCCCGAAAGAAAAAGAAGACGAAAACCAAGAAAUCAGGGAGGACUGGAGCUACUCUGUCUGUCAAUCGCCGUCCCCAAGACGGAAUUUGGACCAUCACACAGCCUCAUCCGCCUCCUCAAUCAGCUGCUAUGGAAGGUAAUGGGGACAGAGAGAAGCCCAAAGAGGUCCAGAGAGGAACCGGGGAAGACGAUGAAAGACACGUGACACCAUUACAUCGUCCUGCGUCAACCAAUGAACCCAACUCACUGGGAGAACAAGAUACGGCGCCCGCAAAGGAGCUUCACCAGCAAUUUUUCAGACAAGACUCAACAUCCCAACAGGCCCAGCCAAGUGGUCAAAGUCCGGCGAUAGAAACCAAGCCUGAGUGUGAGCCCGAAAUGCAUCCAGGCCAAUGCAACAACUCGACUCAACAUGGUACUAAAGGAAAGGGGCAAAGUGAUGAUAUUCAAGCAACACCCGUUCCAGAACCAUUGUUACAGGGUCAGCCAAAACAGGAGACUCAACGGUUAAAGCGGAACAAGAUGAAGGUCAACCGCAAAGUACCUCGUUAAGGCCUAACGAACACAACGUAGCCGCUCCCUUAGUUUCUCUCUCUUUAUUACUAAAGAAUCUGCUAUUAUAACUACUAGGGACCCUAUCUCUCUUAAGCUCUUUUAUAAUAUUAUAUAAUAAGCUUUACUGCUUAUUUAUAAAGCAAACUGCCUAGUAUUUAAAUACUUCCUUAUACCUAAUAUAAUAUGCCUUCUAGCAAAAGCUUAAGUAAUAGUAACUAACUGACUUAUACUUGCUUAUUAAUGCCUCCUUG